AUGUCAAGGGCUCAUCAGCAACGGUCGGAGGAAGACUACAACAUGGAGAGUUCAAUCGCCUUGAGAGAUCGAGGUAUAUUAGAGACCCAAGCGAAGAGGCGCCACAGGAAAGAGAGAGAUGUGCCGAUAGGCUCCCUCUUCACAUCGACGAGGCAGGAAGAAUCCUAUGGGCAGGCGAGGAGGCGGCAGGUAGACCACCGGGAGUUCUCCCCAUACGUCACCCCAAUCAGAGAGAGAUUCUCUACUCAGAGGCACUCGAUGCCUCGGGUAAUGGACGACGACGAUGAUACCAACAUGGACGUAGAGGAACGGCGGGUGGAGAAUCCUUUUGGCGACCUUAUUGGGCAAAGAGUCCAGCGACAAGGGGCCCCAGUGGUACAACAGCUCAGCCGCGGGAUCGAGGAACUCAGCAUGCACGUGCGGGAUAUUCCCAUACUCAGGGAACUCACCCGGCAGCAGCAGGAGUAUACCAACAAGAUCGUCGAGGACCUCCACGCCACAGGGCCAUUUACAGUUUCAGCAGCAUCAGCAAACCUGUAA